UUUCAGACGACAAAAAGUUACGAAAAUGGCGAGACCAUCUGUAAACAAUCCUCAAGCUCAAGCGAGUGGGCCGUCUGGGCGUCGCCGGUCCCGAGCUCCUGUCACCCAGCCAACAUCUCCUCCAUUGCCACCAAGUGUAAAAAGAGUUUUCCAAGUGAAAAACCUUCCAACGAAUGUGUCCCAGAACGAUAUGGACGAACUAUUCUCCUCAUUCAAUCCGACAAAAGUCCUGCUGCACUCCAAUGCUGCAGGCAUAUUUAGGAAAUGGUCGCAGUCUCCGCUUGAGGACCUAAAACUGGAUAUUUAAAAUUUACAAUUAAAAAGAAAGAGUUUUUGUAUAUUUUGUAUUUUUGUAUAUAUAUAUAUAUAUAUAUAUAUAUAUAUAAUUUGUUUAAAGAGAAAUUUCUAAUAAAACAAUUUUCCGCAAA